AGGCUCCAGCACACCUUGGAACGGGUGAAUGAUGGCAAAGACUUGCUUCAAAGCCAUCAGCUUGCCAUGGAUGAAGAAAAUAACAUUGACAAGUAUCAGAUCAACUUACAGCCCUUGGAGUCGAAAGUGAAAAUCAUCCAGCGAGCAUGGCGAGAGUACCUGCAGCGCCAGGAGCUGCCUCCCCACGAGCAGCUGGACAAGCGCAGUCCCUCCCCACCCUCCCUCUCCUCAGACAAGAUGAGCAGAUCCAUCAGCAUGAACACCUUCUCUGACAGCAGCACACCUGACUCCCGGGAGGAUGGGAUGGAUUUAGGGAGCGACGCCGGCAGUAGCCGCUCCAGCUCGGAGUCCAACUCCAGCAAAGCCACGCCGUGCUCGGAGGGCAAGUCUUCGCCGUCCCCCAGUAGCCUGGACCUGGCGGCGCUGGAGGACUCGGAGGAGGAAGAGGAAGAGGAAGAGGAAGAAGAGGAGGACGGGGGUUACCUGCCCUCCCCACCGGAGCUCCGCCAGCCCCCUCGCUGCCCCAGCGGCGAUGCCCGCUGCCGCGGUUCACCCGCCGCCGCCUCUCCCCGCCGCCGCCCCAACACCACCGCCGCCGCCGCCUCCUCUCGCCCGCGGCCGCACCAGCGUCCGCCGCCGCUGCCCCCGCAGGAGCGGCGGCGCGGAGGGACGGCGGGACCGGGCGGGCGGCGAGCGCGGAGGAGCGGCGGCGGAGUUCAACCCCCGCGGGAACCGCAGCCGCCGGCUAUGGACUGGGCGGCCUUGGAAAGGCACUUGGCUGGUUUGCAGUGCCGGGAGCAGGAGCGAAGACAACGGAACAACCCCGCCUCGGCCCAGAAGAAUGAGCGGGAGUCCAUCAGGCAGAAGUUGGCCCUGGGCAGCUUCUUCGACGAUGGCCCAGGACUGUACACAAGCUGCAGCAAGAGCGGCAAGCCGAGCCUGUCCUCCCGAUUACAAAGUGGGAUGAACCUGCAGAUUUGCUUUGUGAAUGACAGUGGCAGCGACAAGGACAGCGACGCCGAUGACAGCAAGACAGAAACCAGCCUAGACACACCCCUGUCACCCAUGAGCAAGCAGAGUUCAUCCUACUCUGACAGAGACACAACAGAGGAAGAGUCAGAGUCUCUGGAUGACAUGGACUUCCUCACCAGGCAGAAGAAACUCCAAGCUGAAGCCAAAAUGGCCUUGGCUAUGGCCAAGCCCAUGGCCAAGAUGCAGGUGGAGGUGGAGAAGCAGAACAGGAAGAAAUCACCGGUAGCAGAUCUUCUGCCACACAUGCCUCAUAUAAGUGAAUGCCUGAUGAAGAGGAGUUUAAAACCCACUGACCUAAGAGACAUGACUAUUGGGCAGCUACAAGUGAUAGUCAAUGAUCUCCACUCACAGAUAGAAAGCUUGAACGAGGAGCUGGUGCAGCUGCUGCUGAUCCGGGACGAGCUGCACACGGAGCAGGAUGCCAUGCUGGUGGACAUUGAGGACCUGACCAGACACGCCGAGAGUCAGCAGAAGCACAUGGCAGAGAAGAUGCCUGCAAAAUGAACCCGGGGAGCAGAGCUGAAGCUCAACUUCAUUUUGCUUCUUGUGUGCGUCCAGAAGAAAGCAAACAAACAAAACAAAAGCAAAGCAGUGUUAGUCCUUGACCAUGGCUUGAAGCUUUCUGUCUGGUGAUUUUUGGCCUUUGCUGCUUAAUUUAUUAUCUUUUUGGUUGGGGUUUGGGUUUUUUUUUGGACUUUUUUUGUUUCUUUGUUUUUUAACCUGUGCCACUUUAAUAUUCAGGCAUUUUAUUAAUUAUUAUUAUUACCAGAGACAACAAACAAAACUCUGUACAGUCCUCUUAACGUUAUAAAUCAUGGGUGAGAAAGAGAGGGGGGUGCUUUAACUUUUAUUUUCUCCCCUUUGCUUAGAGAUGGUUUUAUUUUGGGGGGAUGAGGGUGGAGGUGUUGUUUGGGGAUGGUUUUUUUUUGGGGGGUUGUUUUUUCUUGGUUUUUAUUUUAGGGUUUUUUUGGCUGUUGAAUGAUCUUUUGCCCAUCCACUACUUUUUUUAUUCUUUGCCACUGACUGCUUUUUUUUUAUUUUAGUCCCUCACUGUAGUCUCCCACUCAAGAAACUGUUCUUGAUGGUGCUAAACAAGUUAAAAAGACAAAAAUCACACAAAAAAACCACACACACACACACACACACAACAAAAAAAGACCAUCCAUGCCUGCCUCGUAGUGAAGUCGUAGCUUUUCAGUCAGUUAAUGGAAUCUUCUUCCCUCAGUUCUCAACAUUUUGUGAAUGUUGACUACCUGAUGUUGGUUUUUAGAUGUGCUCCGACUGUGCCGCAGGGACCCGAAAGGAGAUUCCCCUCCGGAGGUUUUAUGUAUAAAGAUGUAAAAUAAAAAGGGAAAACAUUUUGUUUCAUA